AUGGAGAUUCGUGUGGCUGCUCCAAUGGCAAUGUCCUUUGAUGUGGAUGGGCUUUCUUCUUCAGGAAAUUCUUGUGAAGAUGAAGUGCUUGAAAGUAUUGUGUUCAAAGCAGGAGUGAAUCCUCAAGUGAUUGAUUCAAGUUUUUGUGGUUGA